AUGCCACGCCAGUUCCACCGAAAGUCUCGCCUUGGGUGUUCCGAAUGCAGGAAGCGACGAAUCAAGCUCGCCAAUCAGUGUGAUGAAGGCGAACCGUCAUGCGGAAGAUGCGUGAGAACUCGCUCUGAUUGUCAUUAUCCAUGCGUGGAAUCUGAUCUCAAAUCGUCUCCGGCAACCUCAAAUCCGUCCAAAACGCCUUCGUCCUCAGUGGCUCGCGAUUUAUCUGCACCACAGUCGUCUUUUGAUCUGUUCGACAUAACCUUGAUGCAUCACUACGUUAUUAACACUAGCGAGCACCUCUUCAUGGGAGCACAACAAAAAAAACUCUGGCAACAGGAAAUACCUGCUCUCGCAGCCUCCAACGUUAUUUUAGUGCAUGGCUUUCUUGCCGUGACGGCCAUUCACUGCGCCUGGAAAGAAACAGUCAGACGCGAUCUCUUUCGGAGUCGUGCCAUCCAUCAUCAUGGUCUUAGCCUCCCAAUUUUCCAAGAAAUGGUCUUCUCCGCCUCGUCCGAGACAGCGGAAGUUAUUGUUGCAUACUCUGUUCUUCUUAGUAUAUGGAUUUACGCUUUUCCGGAAAUAGCUGCUGAGCAGCAGUCUCUCGACGACAUUCUCAGCACUAUAGAGGUGAUACGUUGCUCCCGGACGGUUGCCCAUCUCUAUCGAGAAGUCAUCAAAGAAACUCCUAUGCGCGUCUUCUUAAACUCGCCGCUACUAGAACCUAUACUCGAAGGUCAAGAUUCUUCUGCGUGUCAAAUGUUACAAUUUUUACGGGGCCAAGUAAGCCAUCAGUCCGACAAAAAUGCAAUCCAGCAAUUGCAGAUAUUCCUGGACCAAUAUAUGACAGGGUAUGACUAUAAUCGAUUGGCCGCUACCUGGAUGGCUUCAGUCGACAAGGGUUACUGGGCUCGUCUUCGUGAUCAUCAUCCUAAUGCGAUUCUAGUGUUUGCCUACAGUACUCUCCUCAUUCGCGCUUCGGAACAUGAAUGUUGGUGGGUGUCGGGAUGGUCUGGACGAAUUUUGCAGGCCUGUAGCGCCAUCAUGAGCGAAGAGGUAAAGACAACUAUUAAUUGGAUCAAGCACAAGGCUUGGAUACUAGCAGGAGCAGAAAAGCUCGCAAAUACCGUCAGAUGGAGACAUAGAUAG